UUUUUUUCAGUAAAAGCAAGUUCUGAUUCAUAAGAUGAAGACAACCGAUUUUAGCGCUUCUAGCGGAGGAUAACGGCAACUGUGAAGAUGUUGCAAAAAUUACUAUUUCCUGUAAUAGUUUAUGCAAAAGAACCUGUUUCCGAUGAAAAUAAAGAAUUACUCAAAGCAAAUGAAUUACCAGUUUACGUUUCAACGGACGACAUAGAAGGAUACGAAGUUGUAAAGAGAAGUCCGUCAUCUCUUGAGAAUGGAAUUUCUUACGUCAGAAAAAAUGUUACUGUUUAUGUGAAUGCUAUGCAGGAUGUCACAAACAAAGUGGAGGAGAAUUGUAAAAAUGUAUUUAAUCAAACGAAGCAGGGUUAUGAUUACAUCACAGACAAAGAUAAUUCAUUACCGAGGGCCAUAGCUAUCACAUCUGGCGGCUUAAUUGGAUUUUUGUUUGGGAUAAGAGGUGGUAUCAUGAAAAAAGUCUUCUAUACCAGCACUGGAUUGACAGCAGCCUCAGCAAUAUGUUAUCCUAAGCAAGCUGCUGAAAUUUGUCAAAAUGGAUAUAAAUGGAUUAAAGAAAACAAAGGUCAAGAUAUUACUGAAGUUGCAGGUGAAAAGUUGAAGGAAAUUUCUUUAAAAGUUACUUCAAAAUUACCAUCAAUGGAUUCUUUUGACAAAGUCGGUGAACAAUUCAAAAAUUUAAUUGGUUCUGGGAAAAAGGUGGAAGGCGACGUGGGCCAGAGUCAUCCGGAUGACAAGGAUUUAUAUGCGACUAGAAGCAAAUUAAAUUCUGCAAGUAGCAAUAGAUAUGAAAUAUGCAGAAAAUGAAAAGAGUUUGUAUAGAAAUCUUGGCCUUCUACAGUUGAAUUGCAGUUAGCAUUUUAUUUAAUAUAACAUUGAUUAAAACAAUAAAUAAAAAAAUAUUUUAACUUAAUUUUUUUAUAUACAAAAACCAAACUGCUGUAUUAAUUAAACUUUCAAAAAUUUGAACCAGUGUUUUGUACUUAUUGGGCUUAGAAAUUUAAAAAUUUAAAUCUUUACUGAGAUUUAGAUACUUGAUGAUUUUGAUACGUUAACAGUUUCAAAAUAAAAUCGUGAACUUUAUAUUCCUGCCAGUUCGACAAAAGUAACAUUGAGAAGUUGUUAAAGUGCCACUCAUUACUACGACCAACUAGGGGACAUUUUUGAGGAACCAAAGCAGUGAUGAGCAAUCUUUUCUGAAUGCGGGUUAUCAGAAAUUUCGCAAGAAUUGCAGGAAUUAAGUCUGCCAAGUACAAUGUACUAAAAUAAUAUAUGCUAAUGAUAUGCAGACUAGUAAUUUAUAGUUUAUUCUAGCUAAGUUUAGUUUGAAUGUUCCGUUCACCUAUAUUAACUUAAUUAUGAUUGCGUAAUGAUACGAGGAAGUAAACACAAAAACAAAAUUAUGUGGACAAACUAUCAAAGGCCACGCAAUCCACACGACUGAAGUAAAGUAUUGUACAGACGAAUCAAUAAUUUAUCAAAUGUUGGCACAGACAUACGAAAGUAAUUUUAAA